AUGAGAACUUCUCAAGCACCACAAAUGGGAGCGACAAGAAAACUUACAAACUUCAUUUUGGAGUAUAUUCAUUCAUCCUCGAAAAGCGGUGAACAAGAUGAAAAAGAUGAAAGAAAGUUGGGGAAUAGACGACAUAAGACUUUAUUGAGUUCUAUUCUUCAUGAAAUCAUAAUAAGAGAAGUUUAA